UCCAUCUUUCUUCUUACCUUUUGGCACCUAGAAAACGUAGAAUAAUAUAAAAAAAUAAUUAAGCAGAUCUACAUGAGUAGCACGGACAGGAAAUCAGUCGUAAAAAAGCAAACCUCUGAACUCGAAUUCCAAGAAGUUUUAGCUUCAGGCCUUCUGCUUGGUGAAGUUAAUAAUUUCUGUAGAGUAUACGACAUAAUUGGAAAGGGCUCCUUUGGAGAAGUUAAAAAGGGGUGUCUUAAAGGCACCAAAGAAUUGGUUGCCUUGAAGUUUAUUUCAAAAAAGCAAGCUGUUAGCUUUAAGGUUGACUUAACGCUUGAAAGCAGGAUUUUAAGGAAGCUCGGACACCAUCCAAAUAUUAUACGAUACAUUGGAUUAUAUGAAUCUGAAGAUAAACUUCAUUACGUUAUUGCUACUGAAUUCGCAGCAGGUAGGGAUCUGCUUUCGAGAAUAACAUUUGAGAAUUUUGGAAUAGAAGUGCACGCUAAAUACUCGGAAGCGGAGUUGGCGCUCAUCUUCUUUCAGGUCCUUUGUGCUGUUCAUCAUUGCCAUAGGCAUAACGUCAUUCACGGGGACAUCAAGACCCAAAAUAUACUAUGUACAGACUCUAAAAGAAAAAAAACAUUUGAAGCGUCCGUUAAACAAAUAAAGGAGACACCACUCAAAUUGGCCGAUUUUGGUGAGGCUGUGUUUUGCACGCCACCAUCCAAAGUGGUUGGGGGGGGCGGAACGUACGUGUAUAUGAGCCCUGAAAGGCUUAAAAAGGAAACUUACUCAUUUUCCUCGGAUAUAUGGAGCUUGGGGGUUGUCUUGUGGGAACUUGCUAGUGGCGAGGUCCCUUGGUGCGGCUCAACAAAUGUAGCUGUCUUGCAAAGUAUGCAGGACUAUCCGCUCACGAGAGCUUCAUCUCCCUUAAAAUCUGAGGAAGGUUACGAUCUUUUGAUAAAAAUAUUCAACACGGAUGAGGACAAGCGACCCACCGCCCAUCAGCUCUUCAGCCAUUCAUGGGUCUCGGGUGAGGCUAAGGCUACUUCACCCAAUAAAGAUAUUAUUACCGAAAUAAAAAGUUCCCUAACGUUAAGGCGGUUCAGAGCACUGGCUAGAGGCAUGAUUGCAAGCAACAGGAUGUUCCGAAUGGGAGUUCUCACGUCCUCCAAGCAAACUUUUAACAAGUUAUCAAGCUUGAUUAAUUCUCCUGACGACUUAAAAAAAUUGUCGAAGCAAAUGUUUUUCCGUUCACAUGGUUGCCUUUGAUUAGUGUUAUAGCCCACCGUUUAAAGCCGGUCUUUAUUAAUACCUUUGUUGCUGCCCCGUGCUGGUUGCAAACUUAGGUUAAAAAAUAUUUGGUUGGAAGUCUUUAACCAAUAUUUUUGCUAUAUGCUUAAUAUGAGAUUAAAGCGGAGGCCUAAAUUGUCAUCAUUCCUCUAUAUUUUGCUAAGCAGAGCAACCUGCACAGCAUUAGCUCUGCUUCUUAUUGAAAUUAAACCUCUAAAUGCAACACUUUACCUUUGUCCUAUACACUAUUAGGACAUGUGAAUAUUAAUUAUAAAGCAUUCAUGGCUUCACUUGUCACUGUAUUGGCCCUUUUAGCUGCUAUUUAUAAUGAAAAUUGUUCGAUUAGCGCCCCCUACUACCGAGAACGUUGACUCUCCUAUCCGCAAAGCCAGGCGGUCUAGCCUCUACGCAAAGUUGCUCAGCCCCCGGUUAGAGCCUCGUUCAUGGAGUUCUCGUCGAAUGUCUGCUGCACCAGCUUACCCUCGGGGGGCUUCUCAACUGUUAAGAAAAAUGCAAAAGCAAGUGACUCCCAAGUCCCCUAUGAAAUUUCUGAACCUUUCUCUAAACACAAGGAAAUAUACAAUGAUUAUAUUAAAACAUUUGAGAGACUAUUCGAGCACCUU